AUGACGUGUUUGCGGAGCGCGGGAGCGCGGGAGGAGGUAGACUCAGCUCUUUCGGCCACGACUAGGCGAUCUGACAGUAGUGAUCACAACGCCGCGGCCGCGGCCACGGCCGCCACCACCACCACUAGCGAGAGUGCUACCAACGGACCGAGUAUAAACAACGGUCGCGAGAGCAACGACAGCGCUCUCCAGACUCUCAGCCCGCGAGAGAUGUCGCCGAAAAAGUAUGAGCACCCAGUGCUCACUCCCUACAACAGGAGGCUCUCGAAGAACACGCAGUACUUCGAGACUUGGCAGCACCGCACGAACAUCGCUUCGUCCGGAGGAGGAGAAGGCACUGGCAGCAACAAGAGAGGCUCUGUCGUCACUCCCAGCCCGAGAAAGCUCCCGUCGAUCGAGAAGAAGGAGAAGAUCGCCAGCCUCACGGAGGAGAACGAGUUCCUCUCGAAAGAAGUCCGGGUGCUGUGCAAAGACAAGAGCAGCCUCGCUGCUCAGGUCUCGCAGCUCGAGGACGACUUGAGCACCAUCCUGGCCAAGACUCACGAUCUCGUCCACGAGAACUCCAACUUAAGCAGCCAGGUUGACGACACACGCAUCCAGAUCUGGGCUAAGGACUCGAUGAUGGCAUCUUUGGCGAAAGCCAAGAGCAUCCUCGAGUCGGAGAAGCAGUACCUCCAGGAGGACAAGGGAUUCCUGGAGAACCAGCUGCUGGAGAUCAACAAGAAGCUGCGGGAGACGGCCAAGCGAGCGGACGAGGCGGAGUCGACGGUGGCUUCGGUGGUGCAGCAGAUCGACGGGCUCAACCGGAACUUGGCCAGGAUGUCCAAGAACGAUGCGAGCUUCGAGGUCCAGGAGAUCGUCAAGCAGAUGGAACUCCACAGCCUCCAGGCAUGCAAGGACAUGCUGAAGAAAGAGCUCAAGAAACUCACAGCAACGGUGAUCAAAGCCAGGGAAGAAGCUACCGAGGCGAAGAUGGUGAUCGACAAUUGCCGGGCCGACGAGACCAAGUUCAAGGCCGACGUCGUGAGGCUGGAGAAGGCUCUCAAGUCCGCCAGCGAGUACUCGGGCCGGCUGGAGAAGCAGGAGAAGCUACUCAAGAGCAACAUAGAGCUCUUCGACGCCAGGGUCCGGAGCUUGGAGAACGAGCUGAGCUUCGUCAAAGCCGAGAGGGACGCAGCGAUCAAGGCCAAGAUCCAAAAGGAGGCCGCGUCCGGAGGGAUGGAGGCCAUCAAAGCCUCCAUCCACAUCCUCCACGAGAAUGCCAAGAAGGGACAUGAGCAAGUUCUAGCACUGUCUGGAUUGCUGCCGGAGCUGGCUGAGGACAAGGCGCGAUCGGUGGAGGUGAGCAAGACGCUGGAGAUGAAAGCCAGGGAGCUGGGAGCUCGAUCGACGACGGUGGCGACGGCGGCGGAAGAACAGCUCGGCAAGCUCAAGGAACAGGUUGAUGCGCUCGACUCGGCGCUCGAGGAGGCCAAAGACGCUGCCGAGGAGAGCGAGAGCAAGGCUUGGCAGAUGAUCGCGGAGCUCUCGUCGUCCUCGCCGGCCUCGCAAGCUAGCGGCGAUCACGAGAGCAGCGGCAAGGUGGAUCUUCCGGCCGCCACUACUUACAUUCUCGGCCUCGGUUUGCUCGCUUACUCGGUCUAUAUUUCCAACCACGCGUAGCUCUGGCUGGACAAGGGAGCGAUCGAUCACGCAUUAUUUUGUACAGUGAAAUGAAAGGUGGCGAACUUGUAAAUUGGUGGUGAAACGAGGGUGCCGGACUCAUAUAAAUAAAUAGCA